UCGAACAUUACUCAAGAGAGGAAGCGAAUACAGCAACAGGCUUUUGAAGUUGUGCCGCUGCAUACUAUUCACAUGUAAACAAUGCGUGAUGUUAAUGGCAGAGUUUAAAUUUUUUAAACAUGGUUUCUCAACCUGUAGCUACCCUCAUCACAGAGGGCUUAAUAGUAAUAUCACUUUUUAAUUGAAACAUGUUUUUAAAUAGGCCCGCUUCAUUUGGUUUUGUUGCCUAUAAAAUAAGCCAUUACAAGAAGACCUCGGUGGAAGCAUCCGGAAUCUUUUUCGUUCCUGCCUCAUCAGUCUGUUAAACCUAUAUAGCCUACUUAGUGUCGUUGGUCGGUAACGUAUUUUCAACUUCAAAUUUGCGUUCUUGCGCGCCCGGGUUGGACUGUUUCCUGCAGUGAUUCGAUGGGAAUGUUCAAACUUUGAAGAGCAGGAAGGUGACUGAGGUGGAGAGAAGCAACGGAAGAGAGGGAAAGGCCGUUGGAAGCCAGAGGAGGAGAGGAGAGGAGGGGAGGGGAGGAAAGGCGGGCGCGAUGGAGUCCCCCACCCAGGAUCAGUCGGCGACGGUCGACGAGCUGGUGGACGCCUGCAUCCAAGCCUUCGAUGACAAAGGCUCCUUGAAGGAGCCUUCCCAGGUGCGCAUGUUCCUCAUGAUGCAUCCUUGGUACCUCCCCUCCACCGAGCUCGCCAGGAUGCUCCUGCAGAAAUCCCAGACAGAGAACUGUACUGCUGAGCUCCGGACGAGAAUCUGCCACCUAGUCAAGUACUGGAUCUCGGAGUUCCCGGCUGAGUUCGACCUCAACCUGGAGCUGGCCGAGCAGAUCAAAGGCCUGAAGGACCUGCUUACCCUGGAGGGAAAUGAGCGCCAGAGUCGCCUGAUUGACAUUGAGAACGUGCCGUCGUACGAGUGGAAGCGGCAGGUGACGCAGCGAGUCCCCUCCGUCUCCAAGAAGAGGAAGAUGUCCCUGCUCUUCGAUCACCUGGACUCCUGCGAGCUGGCCGAGCACCUCACCUACCUGGAGUACAAGUCCUUCUGCAAGAUCCUGUUCCAGGACUACCACAGCUUUGUGAUGCACGGCUGCACUGUGGACAACCCCAUCCUGGAGCGCUUCAUCACCCUGUUCAACAGCGUGUCCCAGUGGAUCCAGCUAAUGGUGCUGAGCAAGCCCACCGCCCCCCAGAGAGCGGCCGUCAUCUCGCACUUCAUCCGCGUGGCUCAGAAACUGCUGCAGCUGCAGAAUUUCAACACGCUGAUGGCGGUGGUGGGCGGCCUGAGCAACAGCUCCAUCUCCAGGCUCAAGGACACGCAGUCGCACAUCAGCAGUGAGACCAACAAGGUGUUCAACAGCCUGACGGAGCUGGUGACGUCCUGCGGGAACUACAGCCAGUACCGCCGCCGCUUCGCCGAGUGCUCGGGGUUCCGCUUCCCCAUCCUGGGCGUGCACCUCAAGGACCUGAUCGCCGUGCACGUGGCGCUGCCCGACUGGGGCGACCCGGAGAAGACCCGGGUCAACCUGGCCAAGACCCAGCAGCUCUACGCCAUCCUGCAGGAGCUGGCGCUCGUCCAGGCCACGCCCCCCGGCAUGGACGCCAACACCGACCUGCUCAACCUGCUCACGGUGUCUCUGGAUCAGUACCACACCGAGGAGGAGAUCUAUCAGAUGUCCCUGCAGCGGGAACCCCGCAGCUCCAAGCCAGCGGCCGCUAACCCCACCCCUAGUCCCACCCCUAAGCCCACCAUGAUAGAUGAAUGGGCGUCGUCCGUGAAACCCAAAGCUGACCCUGCUAUCAUCACCAAACAUAUUGAAAAGAUGGUAGAGUCUGUGUUUAAGAAUUUCGACACGGACGGGGACGGUCACAUCUCCCAGGAGGAGUUUGAGAUCAUUAGAAACAACUUUCCGUAUCUCAGCAAAUUCGGCGAACUGGACAAAAACCAUGAUGGCAGGAUCAGUCGAGAGGAGAUGGUGGAUUACUUCAUGAAAGCCAGCUCCCUGCUCAACUGCAAGAUGGGCUUCAUCCACUCUUUCACUGAGACCACCUACGUCAAGCCCACCUUCUGUGAACACUGCGCGGGCUUCAUAUGGGGUUUUUACAAGCAGGGAUACAAAUGUAAAGCGUGCGGGGUGAACUGCCACAAGGCGUGCCGGACUCGGCUGGCCGUGGAGUGCCGCAAACGGGCUAAAAGCAUCAGCCACGAGACUCCGCCCUCCCUCCACGCGCGGUCCUACAGCUUCCCUCUCCCAGCCAACGCUCCGCCCAGCCUAAAGGACACAGUGAUCGCAGAGGAGGACAUUGAGGCUGUAGAAGAGGGAGUCUUCGAUGUCCACCUAUAACCAGCUACAGGUGGAACUUAAACCAAGUAGGGACACUGCACUGAGAACAACGCAAGACACCUGGAGGCUGCCACCCAGUGGAACAAUAUUGCAAUUACACUCCAGCGCCCUCCAUUAAUGGACUGCUGUCCUCAGCUUAGAUGUUUGACGGGAUCAUGCAUGUGUUUAUGAUCUUCAUUUCAGUAUAUUUCUCUCUCCUUUCCGACAAUAUUGUUUCUCGCUCUUCCUCUCUUUCUGUCCACCGUCUCCCUUUUAAACGAUCGGCACCAAUGCAGUCCUUGAAAACAGCUGAAAUUAAAAAAAUUAAAAAAUUAAGCGAGAGUGUGGAUUCAUAAGAGGACUAUUAAAUUCAUUGUAAUACAUAGUUUUCACAGAAUGGUGCUCCUGAGGCCAGAAAGUCCAUCUGCCUUGGUCCUGAUUGUUCUAACCCUUUUUCAUGGGAUUGUAAUUUGCAUUGCCUGGGUUAUGAAUCUUUUCUCCUGUGUGGGAGUGCUCCACCUUGAUGAGAUGGACCCAGCUUGCCGUGCCACAAAAGAAAGAAAUGAUAAAAUACAAUUUCAUGAAGGACAGCAGCAAUUAGGAAGUCCUGUACAUAUUAUAUACUUCACCGCCGAGGGUUAAUGGUUUCACUUAUUCUAUUGCUACUACUAAUCUGUGUCCUGUUUUUACAUCAGUUUAUCUUGAUAUUUAUAACCGUGACUAUUGUGGUGCAAUAUGCUAAUGCUUGAAUGUAGUGCCUCAUAAUAUUUCCCAACCCCCUAGUACUUGGAAUACUGUACUGAUUAAUGAAUUUGUGGUGAGGAUUUUGACUGUGUAAUAUUAGUCUAAUUUGGUGUGCAGUCUCUGUUUGUGUUUGGUGUAUUCGGCUGGGGAUGGGUGGCCGGAGCUUCCCAGUGUGGGACUUAUUAACUAUCGGUUCUGACUUUGGUGUUGUUGGUGCGUUAGUGUGGGAGAGGGACUGUGUGGCCAAUGCUGGUGACAGGUGGAAGAGAACUCAUUGACCACCAUGAUAGGCAGAGCUACACUGAGCUGUAAACCAAUCGAUGACUUAGUUCUCCCCCAAAAGGCUACCACGAUUGGUUCAAAAUGGUGAGUCGCUAAUAAUGUGAUUUAUUUUUGGGUUCUCAGAAGUUUCACUUACUCUUUGCUGGUGAAUACCCCACUAGGGGUGACAUAGCUCAGGAGGUAAGACCGAUUGUCUGGCAGUCGGAGGGUUGCCGGUUCAAACCGCGCUCUGGGCAUGUCGAAGUGUCCUUGAGCAAGACACCUAACCCCUAACUGCUCUGGCGAAUGAGAGGCAUCAAUUGUGAAGCGCUUUGGAUAAAAGCGCUAUAUAAAUGCAGUCCAUUUAGAUUUCAGUACUAUAUGCUGGGUAUGGAAAAGGUCAAGUCAUUUAUUAAUUGGUUGGGGAAAAAAAAGAAAAACAUUGGUGACCCAGUGCUGUUUUUCCCCCAUGUAAUAAACUUCCAAACUUGUGUCUAUGUUUUAUAAAUGUUCUUAACCAAAUAUGCUGAUUCUCUACAUGCAGUUUGCCUGUGUGUAUGUACCUUGUCCUUAGGAAACUCACUUCUUUAUGCGUUGUGUUUGUGCACACAGAAGUUUUAUAUAUCAGUGAGAUGUUUUGCUUUCUGUCUGGAAUAAAACUAAUUUCAGAAGUGCCAAAUGAAUAAAAAGGGAGGUUAUGAGGAAA